AUGGCGGACAGUGCUGGAUCGAUGAAGGAAAUCGCAUCCGUCAAAGAGGACGCACCGCCGAAGCCGCCGGCCAUUGUUUCGUACGCGUUUCAAAAGGAGACCAUCAACAAGCAGAAUGCCUACAUUAAGGUGACGGAUCAUUUCAUGCCGAACGUCAAGCGGGUUCCGAUUGCGAUCAAGUUUUGGUCCAAGUACGAUUCGACGACGGCGGAGGCGCAGAGUAAGCUCGAGAACAUCGACAAGUACGUGCAGCUGCUGGAGAAGAACUUCGUGGAGGGCCCGAGGGAGAAGUACCGGGAACCGAAAACCGAAAAUCAGAGUUACGGAUGGCAUUCGGAACCAUUCUACCUGCUCGGACCGGAGGAAUGCCAUCUGCACUAUCACCCGAAGAAACGGCAGGAGAUUACCAUCAUCGGGGAGAAAAUAAACGCCGACAAGAUCACGCAAAGGCCACGCUUCACCGGAGUUCCGUUCAAACUUCCCAGUUGA